AUAUCAGUGUAAAUAAAAUAGCUAAUAGUUGGCACAAAAUUUUCUAUUUUUGCAUCCGCGUCGCGUACUGUGUGCAUCCGAUCUCACCUUCCAUUCUUUAAUUUUUCCAAAAAAAACACCCAAAAAAUUCCGAUGUUCGCUUGAUUUUAAUUUAUGCCAACCAGUUCGCUCGCGUUCGGGAAUCAUGAUAUGUUCAAAAUGUAAAAUUUUCUCCAUCCACCUUCCAAAUUUUGACAGUUACAUAUGUGAAUUCGGCCACGUAUUUUGCCGAACAUGCUCACCCAAGCCAUAUAGUCGCUGCAGCCUUUGCAAUGGUAGAAUUGUGCGCCGAGCGGAACUUCUCAUUGAGGGGAUCCCGAAAACAAUAUUUCAUCAAACAUCUGCUGAUGAUUCCAAUCAAAUGAGCGAUGGGGAAAUUGAUAUAAAACUCAAUAUGGAUUCGGAUUCAGAUGAAAACUGGUCAAGAAUGUUUGAGUUUCAUGACUCAGAGGAUUUUGCAGACAAUAAUACCAGUUCACCUGUCAACUAUAUUCACGACAACUCAGUGCCUCUCAAGUACAGCUCAAUUGGACAUAAUCCCACCCCCGAGUUGCCAAAACGGGGUCCGUCGAAUCAUGAGAAUAAAAUCGACUUGAAUGUUGACCAACUAAGGCCAAGGAGAAGUCUUUGUCAGUUCAAAACUCCAAGCAACGAAAGCAUUCGGAUUGAGGAAACUCCCAAAACCCGUGAAGAUCCAAAGGAACUUUAUUUGAAAACGAUAUGCGGUGAUGUUUCUCCUGAUUUCGAUCCAAUGAGAGACUACUAUGAACGUGUAGCACAAGUGAAUACAAUUCAUGAAUAUUAUAAGCGUCCGAAUCUCACCAUGGCUACUAGGUCGUCCUCUAAAACGGAUACAAAGCUUGCAGAUCCUAAUUUGUCCGACUCCAGCACAGUAAUUCAACACCUAACAGAAUUUAGGAACGCCACCAACUACAUACCACCUAGCAAUGUAAGUGCUUACAAGGUAGAUGGCGAAACAAUGUCCGAACCUGCGAUAAUCACAACGUCCAAAACUCGAUUAGUUGUCCAUGAUAUGUCGAAGCCACAAGUUUUAUCUUAUGCUAAGAAGCCAAGUAUAGAGGUUUUACAUAAGCCGGGAGGUAGUAAUAAGGUUCGAAAAGUUGAUGUUGGAACAAUGAUGGAUAUCUGUCUAGCCCCGUCAGUGCUUCCUCUAGAAAAUCAAGCCAAAUCAAAUGAACCUCAACCUGUGCACGAAGAGGAAAAGGAACAAAACCGGAAUUCAACCGAAGCUCCAAACGGCAUCGAAAGUCCUCGAGAUAGGAAUGCAAAUCUGCAUGCGAUCUUACGAGAGAAGCUGCGGUAUCAAGUUUAUUCCCAGUUCGAUACUACUCCCAAGAAACCUCAGAAUGUCUUCAUGGUGAAAAGUCCUGACAGCCAUGAUCAAAUGCUUCCACCGCGCUCUGUUGAAGUAGCCUCAAUCCCAAGAGCGAAUAAGCUAACCGAUGCCAUAAACUCCGAAGUUGAAAAAGCGUUGAAAAACUUAACGGCUUUCCCGACACUGCAAUUCCAUGGCAGUCAAAGGCGCGAUGAAAUCGUCAAGCAAUCGAAGGAUUUGCUUCGACAACGAAUAAUGAAUGAAGUUUACUCACAAUUCGAGAAGGGUCCUGAACAGAUUGAAAGAGUGCCUGACACGAAACCAAACUUUUGUACUAAAAUCGUAGAAGAGGCAGAAAAGCGGGAGUCAGAAACUGAAGAUUUUUUGAAAUCUGAAGAGCGUAUUGUAUUUCCAAGUGAAAGUUUCAAUACCUACCUUGAAGAUGUAGAAGUUAUAGAGCAGACUGAGGAAAGCGUCCCCCAAAGUGAUAGUCAAAAGAGGGAGUCAAGAACUGUAGGUAUGUCGACUGAGUCUUACCCAAAACUGAAUCCUGAUUUGACAUUAAUAAUUCCAAGUAAAUGUUCAACUCAGAAGUCACGUUCCAUCUAUUUCUCAGAGGACUAUCCGCAUGAUUUCAACGUCUCUCGGUUUAAAGUACCAGCUCCUGACAUUCACUCUGAGGAGACGGACAACACAGAUGCAGAUGUCGUAAAUGAAAUUUUAGAACAAUUCCAGAAAAACGUUUGUAUCGUUACAAAUCAAAACGAGUUGAUAAGUGAACCGCGACUAGACCCUGGAAGACCGCACCUUGAAAAAGUCCUGAGAAUUGAUGCCUUGUCACCGAAUAUUCGAUAUAAUGAAACGAUAAUGCAGCAAACAACAUUGCACUCUCCUGAAGCUGAAACUAGUGGCCCAAUUACAAGGACAUUUGGUGGGGAGACAUAUCAGAGAUUGGAAACUCAACCGAUGGAUGAUAGCCAUAUGCAGAUUGAACAAAUAGGAGAAAUCCAAACGAAUGUUUAUUAUUUUCAACAGCCACCGCAUUACAAUUUUCCUGUAACUAUUCCGCCGCCCCCGAUGAUCACGACAAUUGGGGAUGAUUGUACAAACGUCAAUAUGAAAACGGUGGCAAGAAACUUGGUCGAUGAUUACAGGGAGGAGCCGAAAAAUGCAAAUGAAGUGGGAUUGCUAGACAUUAACAAGUUUAUACAGUUCAUUAAAGAAAAGUUCCCCAAUAUCACAUUGAAGCAAUUGAAGGAGAUAAUUUUGAAUCUCCCAAGCGACGAUCCUGACUCCGAGGAGCUGUUCGAACUAGGCACUCGAAUGCCUCCACCUGCUACUUUUAGAUCGGAUUUUGAGAAGUAUUCCUUUCGCCCAGAACUCUCCGAAAAGCCAACUAUCGACACAACAAUGUAUAGCUCCUCUGAUUAUCCUACUGAUUUCUCAGUAACUACCACAGUGACAGCUUGGAGGGCGCACUUUUCCCCACCCAUUGAUCUCUACUCCGAACCUAUACCACAAUUCAAACCGAUAAGCCGAUUCGAUACAGAAAUCUCUCUGGUAGAUCACAUCCCGAGAGAAGUGAAAGCUGCAGCGGAAUUGAACCUUCCGAGAAGUCCGAUAACUUGUCCGAUCACUGCAUGUAGUAAGUUGAUAUUCGUUUCCGAGUUUUCCAAACAUAUCAAAAUGGAUCAUGUGAAAAUCCCGGUUGAAACCCUUACACCUGGGAAAUGUAGAAACAUUUUUCUGGACCCAAAAAGUGAUGAGUACGGUGUGAACAAGUGCCACAUUCUAUAUUUGGUCACCGGUAAAAUCCGAGACCUUGGAAGUAAGGAAUUCAAGGACUACCUUCCGUUACUAGUGAUGGCAACGAAAGUGAGUAUGCUGCAGUUAAUUUCACCGCUUUAUCACACACGAAGCAAGGAGGUCCUAAACAGUCAGCAGAACUAUUUAAUGAUAUGGUUAACGGGGUUGAGUCCUCAUGAUCUUCCUAUUUACUUCAGUCUCACUGCUUGGCAUAGAUACAGCACCAUACCUAAGUGUCAUAUGGUGCAUUCGGGACGAAUCUACUCGAUCAGAAAUAAACACGAUGACAGAUCUGUUUACAACAGCGGGAAUGCCAUGCUUCUUUCCCAGAAUCAGGUACGACUGUUGACCAACAAUGGGCAGGAUAUGAUAGAAUUACAGGUGAUUGUGCAUUAGCCGAAAUCAAUGUAAAUGUUGAGCUGCGCCCUAUUUGUGCGAAAUAAUUUUUUGUGUUUGUGUCUGUCUAAAAGUUUUAUA